AUGAGGCACGCAGAGGCCGACCUUGGCCUCACCGAAGGCGCGGGCACUGCAAAUGAUGACGUCCACACGCCGACCUUAAUAUCGCCCCCGGAGUCCAAGACGCCCCCGACUGCGCGCAACAAGCGCAACAUCACCGCACCCGGCGCAAUUGGAAAUGGAAAGAGCGCGGAAACUUUGGACGCCAGUGCAUUGAGCAAGGCCUUGGAAUCCUUCCAGGCCGGCAGACAGCGCGAUCCCACGCCUGGUCUGAGCCCCAGCAGGAAGAGGCAGAGGGUCUAUGGCGACAGAUUUAUUCCCAAUCGGUCAGGCCAGGACUUUCCUGCAAGUUUUAGCUUGUUGCACGAGGAUGGCUCUCCCGCAACUCCGUCGAAGUCGGCGAAAAGAACGCCUCAUAACGAGCUUCACUUUCAGAAAACUGAAGAAGCCAACCGGACAUACUCAAGUCUCCUUCGCUCUGAGAUGUUCGAUGAUAGUAUUCCUCAAAGCAUCUCCCUCAAUGAGGGUACCACUUACCAUGACCCCUCACGGUCAAAAACACCACCGGGACGCUCGUCAUUGCCUGCUACUAGUCUCACGCCGUCAACCCCGCACAAGAACCUCUUCUCUUACAUGUCCCCUCGACAUGCAAGCGCCUCAGGGCAUCCCACCCCGCACAAGACCCCGCACCGUCAUGGGCCAAACUUGAACGCUCGGUCUGAACUUUACAGCCUUUCGCCAGUGAAGCGAAGCAGUCAAGUCAUGCUCCUUAGCCCUAGGAAAACACCUAGGGCCGUCAGCAAGGUGCCGUACAAGGUGCUUGAUGCGCCGGAUCUUGCCGACGACUUCUACCUUAAUCUUGUAGACUGGGGCAGCCAAAACAUUCUUGGUGUGGGUCUUGGUCAAUGCGUAUAUAUGUGGAACUCGAGUUCUGGCCGGGUAACGAAGCUCUGUGAGCUCCCAGAUGACACAGUCACCAGCGUCAACUGGAUCCAGAGAGGUUCGCACGUCGCCAUCGGCACAAACAAAGGGUUUGUCCAGAUUUGGGAUGCGCAAACGCAGCGUCGUCUCCGAACUAUGACUGGCCACACAGCCAGGGUUGGCGCUCUUGCGUGGAACGAGCAUAUCCUGACAUCAGGUUCGCGGGAUCGUCUGAUUUACCACAGAGAUGUGCGCCAGCCCGACCAGUGGCUGCGGAAACUCGUCGGCCACAAGCAGGAAGUUUGCGGUCUCAAGUGGAACUCUGAAGACGGCCAGCUUGCAUCCGGCGGUAACGACAACAAGCUCAUGGUAUGGGAGAAGCUGAACGCAGAACCCACCUUCAAGUGGGGCGAGCACGUGGCUGCUGUCAAAGCUAUCUCAUGGAGUCCGCAUCAGCGCGGUCUUCUUGCUUCCGGUGGAGGUACCGCAGACCGUACGAUCAAGUUCUGGAACACCCAGAUAUCACCUCACGGACCGUCAUCGGCUGCCAUGGCUGCCCAGGCUUACCAACACUCGAACCCCGCAUCUCCCACCAACACGACUACUCCUGCGAACUUGAUCAGUAGCCUCGACACAGGAUCCCAGGUCUGCAACCUUGCAUGGUCCCGCAACAGCAACGAAAUCGUCUCGACACACGGUUACAGCCAGAACCAAAUCAUUGUCUGGAAGUAUCCGUCCAUGCAGCAAGUUGUCAGUCUCACUGGCCAUACCUAUCGUGUUCUGUACCUUGCCAUGAGUCCCGAUGGCCAAGUCAUCGUCACUGGAGCAGGCGACGAAACGCUCAGGUUCUGGAAUGCUUUCAAGAAAAAGGAGAGAGCCGGAGGACUUGGCAUUGUUGAGGAUUGGGGCGUUAUCAGAUGA